AACUCAGAAAACUCAGUGUUGCUUUCUCUCUCUCUCUCUGUCAUUGUGUGUGAGUGCAGGAAAAUGGCAGAGGCUGACAUUUCAAUAGAUCAGGAUCAGUUCAGCUGUCCAGUGUGUCUGGAUCUCCUGAAGGAUCCAGUAGGUACUCCAUGUGGACACUGUUACUGUAAAGUGUGUAUUAAUGGCUUCUGGGAUCAGGAGGACUUGAAGGGUGUCUACAGCUGCCCCCAGUGUAGAGAGACUUUCACUCCAAGGCCUGUUCUACACAGGAACAACAUGCUGGCUGAAGUGGUGGAGAAACUGAAGAAGACUGAACUCCAAGCUGCUUCUCCUGCUCACUGUUACGCUGGACCUGGAGAUGUGGAAUGUGAUUUCUGCACUGGGAGAAAACACAAAGCUCUCAAGUCCUGUCUGGUGUGUCUGGCCUCCUACUGUGAAGAUCAUCUUCAACCUCACUAUCAGUCUCCUGCCUUUAAGAAACACAAGUUAGUUGAAGCCUGUGCUGAACUCCAAGAGAAGAUCUGCUCUCAGCACCACAAACUGAUGGAGAUCUACUGUCGUACUGACCAAAGCUUCAUCUGUUAUCAGUGUAUGAUGGAUGAACACAAAGGCCACAAUAUGGUUUCACCAGAAGAAGAAAGAACUGAAAAACAGAAUCAGCUAAAGGAGGAGCAGAUGAAAUCCCAGCAGAGGAUCCAGGAGAAGCAGAAGAAGGUGCAGGAGCUGAAACAGACUGUGGACACUAUUAAGAAGCGUUCCCAGGCAGCAGUAGAUGACAGUGAGAGGAUCUUUACUGAGCUGAUCAGCUCCAUGGAGAAAAAGCGCUCUGAGGUGACGGAGCUGAUCAGAGCUCAGGAGAAAGCUGAACUGAGUCCAGCUGAACGACUCCUGGAGCAACUGGAGCAGGAGAUUGCUGAUCUUAAGAAGAGAGUCACUGAGCUGGAGCAGCUUUCACACACACACGAUCACAUCCACUUCCUCCAGAGUUUCUCGUCUCUCUGUGCUUCUCCUGGAUGUGAGGACUCACCCAGCAUCACUGUCAAUCAACAUCUCUCAUUUGAUGUAGUGAGGAAAUGUCUCUCAGAUCUGAAAAAACAAGUCGAGGAAAUCUGUGAGGAGAAAUUCAUCAAAAUCCGUCCACAAGAUUUCUAUUAUCUGACUCUGGAUCCCAACACAGCAAAUCCUUUCCUUAUUCUGUCUGAAAAUAACAGACAGGUGGUGCGCGGUGAAAAACCACAGCAAUACUCAUAUCAUCCAGAGAGAUUUAACUACCACUGGCAGGUGUUGUGUAAGGAGAGUGUGUGUGGACGCUGUUACUGGGAGGUGGAGUGGAGCAGUAACAGAUGGGUGUACAUAUCCGUGUCAUAUAAAGAGAUCUGCAGGAAAGGACGGGGUGAAAAGUGUGGGUUUGGACUCAACAGUCAGUCCUGGAGUCUGGUGUGUUCUUCUUCCUCUGUCUCUUUCUGGCAUAACAACAUUCAAACUGAGCUCCAGGGUCCAGCGUCCUCCAGAAUAGGAGUGUAUGUGGAUCACAGUGCAGGAACUCUGUCCUUCUACAGUGUCUCUGACAUGAUGAGGCUCCUCCACAGAGUCCACACCACAUUCACUCAGCCUCUAUACGCUGGAUUCUGGAUAUGGGGUUCUGGAUCAAUUGUGAGGUUAUGUGAUCCAAAAUGAAAUGAUCAUAAAAGUGUUUAGUAAAAUAAAAACUGGGAUACAAUGCAACUUUGGGAUCAUGGAUCUCUUAUUACACAAUGAUUCACCAAUAGGUCAUAAAGUUUAUGAUGUUGAUUAAUGAAUUUCUUUUUCUUGUGAAUUCUUUUCUUUUAUUGACUUAAUAAUCUUUUUUUUAAUUUAAAAUUAUUCUUAUUACUUUUCUGCAUAUAUCUUGUGUGUGCACUUUGGGUUGUGAUGCUAGUUAUUUAGGAUUCUGUUGUAUAGCAGCUGCCAGUGGUUCACUAAAUAAUGUAAUUACUGUAAUUAUGGAGAGAUGAGAAUCUUUGUGUGAUACCACAGAAAAGUGUGAAACUAUGUAUAAUAAUAUUGAUGGUAAUGACUGAUGCUAAAAGUGAGUAGGAAAGUAAAAGAUUAAACUGUUAAUUACUCUAUUAAAUGCUUUUUGGCAGUGAACUUUUUGACAGUGGUAUUUUUAUUGCUUUUACUUUUGCUUUAAAAUGUUCAGGUGUCUUCUUUUGAUAAAUCCUGUUUAAUCUGGGUGUAUAAAAACAGAUUUUGUCUGUUUCAGGUUGUACAGCUGAUGUUAAUUCUUUAAUGUUACCCAAUGAUGUGUUUAAAUGAUUAAAACUUAAACAAAAAUGUA